GUUCCUAUGAUGACCAUUGGUUACUGUGUUGCGCUUGUUCGGGUUUACCUCAUGCUUUGGCUCUUAUAAUAGGUUAUUUCCCAUACAUGUGGUAAAAGGAUUUAUGAACCGCCCAGGCGCGAUUUGCAACGCGGGAAAUACUUGCAGAAAUAGGACCACACAUUGUAUCCACAUUGACAGUGUGAACACAAUUUUUGUAUAUUCAUGAAUUUUUGUACUAUUUUUUAUAAGGAAUUGUGGCACGGUUUUCUACGUCUUUGGAAAUGAAUCCUAUUUUCACUCCUGAUUGAAUAGCUGAAUUUUGUGGAACACUUUCAGUCUUAUAGCUGCCUAACCCAACUUUUUGCUAAAGUUAGGUUACUUGAUAGCAAAGCUGGGUAAAUAGCUUUUUCUUUAGAUGACAAGUGAUUCCUGAGCAUUGUGAUACCAUUUGAGAUUUGAUCAGCUUUUGACACAUUCGUCUUUCAUCUCAACGAUGGCGGAGAACAAGCAUCCUCAAGUUAUUUUUUGUAACGACUCUCAAAAGAGGGUCCUGGUGUCUGUGAUCAAAACCACCCCGAUCAAGCCCAGGAAGAACGAAUCUUUGAUACCGACCAGCCCUGGAUUCAGCGACUGCAUGGUGUACCCGUGGACGUGGGGGGAGAACGCCCAUAAUGUGAGCCUGAGCCCGGGCUCCGUAAACGGGGCUGCCUCCCCUACCGGGACCAACACCGCCAGCGAGGCGGACAUGGGUGCCUCCCCUGACCAGAUGAAGGACAGUAAAGAGGACGCUAUUCGGCGUGGCCGCCCGCGUGCUGACACUGUCCGUGAGUUGAUCAACGAGGGGGAGAGUUCUUCCAGCCGCAUCCGCUGCAACAUCUGCAACCGUGUGUUUCCUAGAGAGAAAUCCCUACAGGCCCACAAGAGAACACACACAGGGGAGAGGCCUUACCCGUGUGACUACCCUGACUGUGGCAAGGCUUUUGUCCAGAGUGGCCAGCUAAAGACCCACCAGCGCCUUCACACCGGAGAGAAGCCCUUUGUCUGCUCUGGGAAAGCCUGUGGGAGUCGCUUUACCCAUGCUAACCGGCACUGCCCAAAGCACCCAUAUGCUCGUUUGAAGAGAGAAGACCCCAAGGAGGGACCAGACAAGGCCCAGUCUGUGGACAACAAGGCUGUGGCAGAGUGGCUGGCAAAGUACUGGCAGACCCGUGAGCAGCGUGCCCCUGUGCCCACCAAGGGGAAACCCCAGGGCAAGGGCGGGGUGGAGGACCAGGAGCAGCAGGACCCCCGGGAGUUUCUCCAAUCAGAUGAGGAGGAAGAGGAGGAGCCAAUGGAGGAAGAGAAGUGCAACGGGGGUGGGGCUGCCAAACGGAGUCUCCAAGAGCAACGGGAGCGUCUCCAUGGUGCCCUGGCGCUCAUUGAGCUGGCUAAUAACCUGUCUGCCUGAAACCCUACCCAUAUCCCAGUGUUGAAACCCUCCCCAGUCAACCCCAUUCUGCCUCCCUGCACAAUGUGUUCUGGGUAGAAGUUGUCUGUAGGGAAACAUCUAGGAUAAGCUUACCCUCCCCAAAUACUUAACCAUUAAUGGGGGGAAAUUCUAAGCGGAACUUAGAUCAGUAUCUGGGGUUCUUCUUCUCCAUGUGCAGUGUGGGGCAGGCACAAGCUAAAAGCACCUUAUCCAGCUUCCAAUUGUAUCCUUAUUAGGCUGCUAAGAUUGUAGAUUACAGGUGGCUGGUGGCACCUUAAUUGGGGAGGACGGGCUCAUAAUAAUGCCUGGAAUGCAAUAAAUGGAACAGUAUCAGCCACGUUGUUCACAUGUGCUUGAUACCAUUCCAUUCUCUACAUUCCAGCCAUUAUUAUGAGCCUCCCCUCACCAGCCUCCUGUGUUGUAGAUGUCAAUAUAUGAAGAACGUUUCACUUUCCUCUGCCUUCUAAAGACUGGAGGAGAUUACCUUUUAAUGUUUAGUUUGUUUUGUUUGCACUUUGGUGGUAACGAGUUAUUUGUUUUGUCUUUUACAUUUGAAGAUAAAGUAUAUUGUGUGAGUAUGUUUAUAUAAUGGAAGUCUAUGUAGAUUUAGCUCAGAUGGAUGGAGUGAUACAGGGUGUGGUCAGUCAUAGGACAGUUUAGGUGUAUCUAAAUACUGGAAAGUGGAUUCCUCUCUUGAUUCUCUGAUCUGGACUGUGACACGAUAGGUGAAAAAGCAAUGUGGUGGAAGCCUAUCAGGGGAUUUCGCUUCCACCUGUCUAGUUCUUUCAGAUCAGUGCAGGUGAAGGAGAGUAGAUGAGGGGAGGAAGUCACUGUAGAGACUAUUGAGAUGCAACCCAUUGCAAGCCUAAUCUACAGUGGUGGCUAGCCACAAGCUUUCACAAAAAUUCAAGCUCCAACCCCUUCACCUAUUAAACGUAUCACACCCAGAACUGUAGCUAUAACACGGGAGGGACAACUGGUCCUGGAGAGCCGCAGAGUGAGCAGACGCAGAUCCAUAUCAGCUCUUAACAAACCUGAUCCAGAUGAUCAUCUUAUCAUGGGGAUUUAGACCACAAUUAGUUGAGUCAGGUGUGUUAGAGCUGGGCUGGAACAAAAGCCUGCCCAUGCUAUGGCUGUGCAGGCCUGGUGUUGGCCUUCUCUACUCUAACCAAAUUACAUGGCCAGACAUACGGAAGAGGAGUAUGUAAAGUCAUUAGUGUCGCCAUCUUUUAUAUUAAAAGAUGCUGGCUGAUUGGAGAUACGGACUUGUAGCCCCAUUGGUGGUGUACGUACAAGUCUUCUCUAUAAUCAACAUUUCAUAGGUAUUUAUUUCAUCAUGUUUUUUUGUCCUUUUUGUUAACGAUUUGCUAUCACAAGCUGUCUCCGAGUACUGACAUAUAGUUCCAUUGAAGAAUAUAUUGAUCAUCGCCUCCCUAAAAUGAUUUAGUAUCUAUCGACGUCAACUUAUAGCCGUUAGAAUUGUACUGCCCUUUGCAGCAGCACGUGGAUCUACAGUAUCUGCUACUAAGUUUUGCAUUUAUGGAUUAAGCUUGCAAUGUAACAUGUUUCCACCUAUUAGACCAAUCUAGAGAAAUGGGACAUGUUUCUACAUAAAGGAGGGUGUAAUGAAUGCUUGGCGUUGGCAAUGUUUUAUUAUUUGUUAGCAACACUAAAUCUCUUAACAUUGUGUAAAUUGCCAAUUGUUU